UUUGACGGUUGGCUCCAAUUCACUUGAUGAUUUAUAUAACCCUGUUGACUUGGAACAUGUUUACCUUGAUUGCACAGUGCGUCGUCAUUGCGGUUGCUUGAUCACCAGUUUAUUUCGUGUGUCUAUACCAUAAUUGAUUAUACCGGUGCGGUGACUGGCGUAUGGACCGUGAUCUCAAAUGGGUGGAGCCUAUAACUUGGCAAUAUCCGGCACAGCCACAAGUGUAUACCGUCUCGCAUUUCCGUUAUUCUUGAUGUGAGGAUCGGUCCCACUCCGAUUGACAUCCUCGAAACUCGAAAGUUUAGCACCUCACCAGUGAUGCCUAUCCGACGCGACAAGCUCAAAACAUUAUACUUCGGCUCGAUGGCGGCCAUCGUUAUUUGUGUCUACCUGAGAUUUUGGUUCAUUUCUGCCCUUCGUGAUGGAAAAGAAGUUGCCAAAGACGCCAAUCAAACCCAUUCGACAAUAUUAUUCUCAUCAUUGGAGCAGACAUUCAACAUCGUCCGAUACUCGGACAUUGUCAACGUGGAAGGCCAUAACCAGUCGUCGUCGUUAAAUUCCAUUUCCCUUCUGUCGGACGACAAGCGAAUUUAUUUUCACGAAACUACCGGUCGCGAUCACCUCAACUUGCGCCAAUUGUGCGCCGUAGAGUCGACGGCCAAGGAAAAUUCCAACCGAUCAGUUCAGGUUUUCUUCCAAUCGGAUCACGUCAACUUAACUGUCGGCCCACUGGCCCACAUCCUCGAGAACUAUCCCAACAUUUUCGUGAUCCUCAUCGACGUCCGUCAUUACUUUAACCAAACGCCACUAGAAGAUUGGUACUUGGGCGGGGCUUGGCGACAGAGUCCGUACAAGACGGAGCAUUUCUCCGACUACAUCCGCAUCCUCAGCUCCUACAAGGGCGGAGGGAUGUACAUGGAUCUCGACUUUGUCGCCCUCAAGCCGUUUGAUGACAACAUUUUCUGGAAUUUCGUGCCGGAAGAAGACGACAGUGUCUUGACUGGAUCUUCGUUCCAUUUCCAGAAGGAUCACCCCAUCGUCCGGAAGAUGAUGACCUACCUGGCCUCUUCCUAUCAUCCGAAGAAGUGGUCCUAUUCCGGCCCGGCAAUGUUCCAGUCGGUUCUGCUCAAAUAUUGCCAGAGGCGAGCACCUCUGCCGACUUAUCCGGUGUUCCUUUGCCCGGACAUCCGCGUCCUUCCUAAAACUUAUUUGUAUCCCUACAAAUUCGCCGAAUGGAAGCGAAUGUUUCGCUUCUCCAACGUCAGCGGUGACGACGCCAUUUUCCAAAGCUACGCCGUUCACACCUACAACAAAUUGUCGAAGAAAGAGCCCGUCUAUGUCGGAUCCAAUCAGCUUUACAGCAAAAUCGCCCGUGUUCAUUGUCCAAUUUCUUACGCUCAUGCGCUUUCCAAUCUGGAAGUCGAUUACUUUUGAUUUCUUUUUCGUCAGCUAUUAUUUAUUUGUUAUUUUUGAAAUUGUUUUUUUUCUGAUUAGAUAGCACAUGGUUAGAUUGGUAAGUGAGAGCUAAUCUGAAUCAAAUGGUUUAUGAACAAAAAAAUGUAUGCACGCCCGGUGAAAAGUAACAUUCGCUCAUCAGUCAGCCCCCA